AUGACCUUCUGUGUGGCAAGUACCUUUCUGCAGGAACUGUAUGAUGAUGUUACACGGCAGUUCCUGCGUAGGACGGGGAUAAAGUGGAUUUUUCAGACUCCUAGGUCUCCCUGGAAGGGGGAAUUCUUUGAGCAAUUGAUUGGAGUAGUAAAGUGGACACUGGCUACCACCCUUCGAUGUAAGAUGUUCAACAAAAAACAGCUUCAAACCUUCAUGAAGGAGGCUGAAGCUGUGGUUAACAACAAUCCCUUGAUGUACACCGGGGACAUGCAUGAGGAUGAAGCCCUCACCCCAUCGCACCUCAUCCGAAAUGUGAUUCAUCUGCUACUGUCAGUGGUCCCUCACGAGGACAUGCAUCAAACCUUGACCACCACGCAACUACACCACCAGUACUUCAGGCUCACUGAAACCCUUGAUCAUUUCAAAUGUUACUCGAGGGAAGGUUACCUGAGGUCACUACAGGAAUGGCACGACCUUUGA